CCACCUGCCAUUGAGUGUAUAGCACGAAACGGUUUUCGCCUUUGCUUUUGCGUACGCGUCCUCGCGGCGGCGAAUCCGACUUGACUCCGCCGCGGAUUCCCCGCCAGAUCCCGUUCCUCCCUCGACCCUAACAGCCGGCGGUGGCCAUGAUGGCCGCCGCCGACGAGGACCUCAAAACCCUACCCCUCGAUUCCUCCUCCAGUGUCGCAGCCAAGGCCGCCUCUACCGACCCACUGCUCCACCCGCCUCCAUCCCCCUCGUCCACCUCAUCCUCUCCGGCCGCCGGCGCGAACCACGGCGCGUUCGUCGACGAGGAAGGUGAGGAUGACGUCACGCCAGUCCCCGCUCCCCGCGCCGCGGCCACGACGACCCGCGAGGCGUCGCCGGGGUUCGCUCAGAUCACUGUCUCCGAGCCUAGGAAGAACGCGGAGCCCGCAACUGGAGCCGUGGGUGUCAUUCCUGGCUCGGUCAGCUACGUCUCCUACCUCAUCACCACCCGGGUAGCCGACGGCGGUGAGUUCCGCGUGCGGCGGCGCUUCCGCGACGUGGUGGCCCUCGCCGACCGCCUCACGGAGACCCACCGCGGCCUCUUCGUCCCGGCGCGUCCCGACAAGAGCGUCGUCGAGGGUCAGGUCAUGCAGCGGCACGACUUCGUCAACCAGCGAUGCGCCGCGCUUCAGCGCUACCUCCGCCGCCUCGCCGCGCACCCCAGCGUCGGCCGCAGCGCUGACCUCCACGCCUUCCUCACAGAGCCUAGCGGCAUCCCCACCUCCGAGGGUGAGUCGCCCAGGUGGAGUCCCGCAAUGAGUGCUGCCACGCCCAUGGCUGUUACCCCUCCAGCAACGCCUGCAAAGAGCGGGAGGGACUUUUUUGGGGUGUUUAAGGACAUGAAGCAGACAGUAACAAAUGGGUGGUUGGCAGUGAGGCCGCCUCCAGUGGAGGAGGAGAUUGACACAAAGUACCUUGCGCACAAGACCAAGCUUGAGGACUUGGAGCAGCACCUUGUGGCAGCAUCUCCGCAGGCAGAGGCGCUUGUUAAAGCUUACGAUGAUCUUAGAGCAACUACAGGCCAAUUGGGAAUGUCAUUCUUCAAGUUGGCCAAGUUUGAAAGGGAGCAGGCUACAUGUAGUUCUCAGAAAAGACGAGCUGCUGAUAUCAGUAAUUUUGCAAAUGCGGUUGUUAGAGUCAGUAGAUCUCAGACAAAACUAAAUGCUGAAAUUGUAAAACAUCUGGGCAUUAUCCAUGAAUACAUGGAGACAAUGGCUUCUGUUCAUAAUGCAUUUACUGAUCGUUCCAGUGCUUUACUUCGUGUGCAAAAUCUGUCAACAGAAUUAUUUUUCUUGCAUAUCCGGGCAGGAAAACUUGAAUCUGUAACAUCAAGAGGAAUGGAUCAGGAGAGAUCAAGGUAUCAGAAAAUAGAAGAACUGAAAGAAAUAAUAAGAGCCACGGAAGAUGCAAAAAGCCAUGCACUUAAAGAGUUGGAACUUAUCAAGGAAAACAUCACGAAUGAAAUUAGAAGAUUUAACAAAGAAAGGCGCCAGGAUUUGGUGGAGAUGCUGAAAGGCUUUGUAUCAGAUCAGGCUGCAUACUCAGAUCAUUUUGCUAGUGUAUGGACAAAGGUAGCAGAAGAAGCAAAUGAAUAUGCAAACAGGAACUCCAUAUUCAAGCAUAAGCAGAAGAAUAACCAGGGGAUACAAUUCUAUCUUUUGAAAGGCAAAAUACGGUCAUCUGGCUUGGAGAGUACAAUACCCAACCACCCGAAACUGCUCCGUCACUCGAGGCCCUCCAUUCCCCCCCACAGCCACCGCCGGCGCGUCGCGCCUCCGGCGUUGUGUCAGCACGGGAGAAUGCUGCCGCACGCGCCCUCCCGAACCCCGGGAGCCUUCAGAUUCAAACCCCACCUCCCCGCCAAACCACCGCACCUCACCUCCACCUCCACCUCCACCCCCGCCUCCUCCCGCGGCGGCCUCUGCGCCGCCACCCGCCGCGACCUUCUCGUCCUCGUCCCCUCGCUAGUUGCGGCGUCCACCGUCCUCCAGUCCCUCCCGCUCGCCGCCUCCGCCGCGGCCGAUGACAAGCUGGCACCACCGCCUCCGCCGCCGGCGCCCGCCGCUCCGGCCCCGCCCCCGCCCCCGCCUCCAGCGGCAGAGGCCGACGCGGCGGCGCUGUCAAGGGUCUACGAUGCCACGGUCAUCGGGGAGCCGCAGGCCGUGGGGAAGGACGCGCGGCGGAGGGUGUGGGAGAAGCUGAUGGCCGCGCUGGUGGUGUACCUCGGCGAAGCCGAGCUCGCGCCCGACCGCGACGACAGGGUACUCGAGCUCGAGAUCGUCAGAAAGCUUGCUGCAGGGUGCGCCGAGGCCGGGAGGAGCAUCUCGCUCGCGCUCGAGGCCUUCCCCUGCGACCUCCAAGAGCAGCUCAACUGGUUCAUGGAUGGAAGAAUUGAUGGCAACAACUUAAGGCUUUAUACAUCUCACUGGGCACCAGAGAGAUGGCAGGAGUAUGAACCUCUUUUGAAUUACUGUCGUGAUAAUGGAAUCAAGCUUGUCGCCUGUGGAACUCCACUUGAGGUGGUAAGAACUGUCCAAGCUGAAGGAAUUAGAGGCCUUUCCAAAGCACAAAGAAAGUUGUAUGCUCCUCCGGCUGGCUCAGGCUUCAUUUCUGGCUUUACAUCUAUCUCAGGCCGAUCAUUGAUUGACAAGAUUUCAUCAACUCAUGGCUCCCCCUUUGGCCCGAGCUCAUAUUUAUCUGCACAGGCAAGAGUAGUUGAUGAUUAUACCAUGUCCCAAACAAUAAUGAAAGAAAUUAUUAGUAGAGAUCCUUCAGGGAUGGUCGUUGUGGUAACUGGUGCAAGCCAUGUUAUAUAUGGGCCUCGAGGAAUUGGCGUUCCUGCCAGAAUAUCUAAAAAGAUGCAAAAGAAAAAACAAGUUGUGAUACUUCUUGAUCCUGAGAGACAAGACAUAAGAAGAGAGGGUGAAAUCCCUGUAGCUGAUUUCUUGUGGUACUCUGCUGCCAAGCCAUGUAGUCGAAAUUGCUUUGAUCGUGCUGAAAUUGCUAGAGUUAUGAAUGCUGCUGGUAGGAGGCGUGAAGUUUUACCCCAGGAUCUUCAGAAAGGAAUAGAUCUUGGUGUAGUUUCUCCUGAGAUAUUGCAGAACUUUUUUGACCUUGAGAAAUACCCUUUUAUGGCUGAACUGAUUCACCGAUUCCAAGGUUUCCGUGAAAGAUUACUGGCAGAUCCCAAGUUCCUGCAUAGAUUAGCUAUUGAAGAGGGCAUAUCAAUAACUACCACUCUUCUAGCGCAAUAUGAAAAACGAAAAGGACGGUUUUUUGAAGAGAUCGACUAUGUUCUUACUGAUACGAUUAGAGGUUCUGUUGUUGAUUUCUUUACAGUGUGGCUUCCUGCACCUACUAUCUCGCUCUUAUCUUUUGCUGAUGAUGGCUCUGGUGAGAGUGUGGAGCUUGUGAAAGGAUUUUUAGGAUCACUGCCAGAUAAUGCAUUUCAAAAGGGUAUUGUGGGGCAAAAUUGGAGCAUGAACCAGAGGUUUGCAUCAGUGCUAAUGGGUGGUAUUAAACUUGCCGGUGUUGGAUUCAUUUCUAGUAUUGGAGCUGGAGUUGCUUCAGAUGUCUUGUAUGCUGCUCGUCAAGUUCUGAAACCUUCUGCAAGUGUGGAAGUGGGACGCAAAAGAUCUCCAAUCUGGAAGUCAGCAACUGUUUACAGUUGCUUCCUUGGAACAUCAGCAAAUCUGCGGUAUCAGGUCAUUGCUGGUCUGAUUGAGCAUCGUCUAGGAGAGGAUCUGAUGGCCUACUAUAAUCAGCCACUUCUUGCUAACCUAUUGUCCUUUGUCUCAAGGAUAAUUAAUUCGUACUGGGGAACACAGCAAUGGAUUGAUCUUGCACGAUCUACAGGCGUGCAAAGUACUAAGAAAGAGGUACCUUCUCCCGAGGUAUCGAAUUCAACUGAGAUGCCACUGCUAGAAUGUGGCACAACAGAUGCACAGAAUGUGGAUGACGGCAAUAACCAAUCAAAUGACUUGACAUAGUCAUCACUCAGUGGCCUAAUUGAUUGUUGCCAUACAACAUACAGAACAGCUUCCUUCAAUAACAUGCCCUAUACAAUACAGCCAUACAGGCAUAUAGAUGAGGAAUAGUCAUCAAGAUUAAAGCUUAUUCAUGUUGCAUCUGUCAUAUGGAGGGGACAAAUUGAAAAGUUUAAAGGGCGAAGGCAUUUUUACAUUGUUGUGACAGAGCCAUUUUUACACCCUUCUGGGGUGAAUACUGUUUGUACAUUCGCAGAGGAAACUAUCGAAUUUUGAAACCUGUACAGGAUUUACACGUGAAAUUCAACCCAAAACUUCCUUGGGGAUUGGCAAGUA